AUGUCUCAAAUGCUCCUCGUCGUAACUCUAGCCGGCUUGGCCUUUGCCGCAGCAGUCCGAACAUACCUCAGAAAUAGGAAGUACAAGCUACCACCUCGUGUCCCUGGCUUGCCAAUCGUUGGAAAUACAUUCCAAUUCCCUUUGGAUCCCGUAAAGCAGGGCCCGUGGGCUGCCAGACUUGCCAAAGAAUACGGCGAGAUGUUUACCAUUCGUGUUGGGAGAUGUGACAUGAUUUUCCUCAAUUCUUCUCGCGUGGUUAGAGAGCUUAUGGACAAACGAUCAUCCAAGUAUUCAUCUCGGGCGGAAAUGCCCAUGUUAUCCGACAUAAUGUCAGGUGGCAACCGCAUUGUCUUAAUGCCUUAUAACGAACGAUGGAGAACCAUUCGAAAGGUCAUGCACAGUGUUUUGAAUAGCCGAAACAUGACCCAAUUUAGCACCUACCAGGAAAUUGAAAGUCGCCAACUCCUCUGGGAUUAUCUGCAUGAUCCAAGCGCAUGGUUCACUCAUAACCAACGCUUCGCAAACUCUGUAAUCGUAAGUGUUGUUUUUGGAAGAAGAAUCCCUCCGGGUGAUCCCAAUCUUAAACCAUUGCUACACCAAGCCGAAGCAAUGGUGGAACAUUUGCAGCCAGGUGCCACUUUGGUGGAUGGGUUUCCGAUUCUUGCAAAGCUCCCCAAACCGUUGCAAUGGUGGCGCAAAAAGGGUGAGGCUCUCUACAAAGCAUCGCUUCAGGUAUACGGAUAUGAGUUGGACAAAAUCCAAGAGAAAAUUGACGCAGGAAAGGCACCCGAGUGUUUUGCGCGAGAAUUCUUGCAAAGUCCCGAUGCUGCUAAGAUGAAGGAGAGCCAGCGAAUAUUCAUCCUGGGCUCCCUUCUCGAGGCUGGAAGUGAUACCUCUCGUAUGACGCUCAGUCAAACCAUCGCCGCCAUGGUCCUUUUCCCUGCAUGGGUUUCGAUUGCUCGUGAGCAUCUUGAUAAAGUUUGUGGCGAUGCAGGCCGACUUCCAAAAUGGGAAGACAAGCCGCAACUUCGAUACAUUUCUGCUGCCGUCAAAGAAAGCUUCCGCUGGAGGCCAUUCGCCCCAAUCGGAGUUCCCCAUCUUAUCAGUGCUGAUGAUGAGUUUGAAGGGUAUCAUUUUCCUGCCGGUACUCAAAUCACUUGGAACAGCCUUUACAUCUCACAAAAUGAAGAUGAGUACAAGAAUGCAAAGGUUUUCGAUCCUGCUAGGUUUUUGGACGAUGAUUUCGAUAACGUGACAAAGGGUCACUGGGCAUUCGGGCCAGGUCGGCGAGCAUGUCCUGGCUACAAUGUAGCUGAAAGAAAUGUCUGGAUGGCAAUUUCCCGCUUGAUAUAUUGUUUCGACUUCACAGCUGUACCGGGUCACGAAAUCGAUCCUGUCAAUGCAAACUGGAAAGAUUAUAGGGUCGCGCCUUUCGAAGUGGCCAUCACCCCUAGAAGUGAGGCUCACAAGGCACUCAUACUUGAAACAUGUGCAGAUGUCGCUGAAGCAAACUGA